AGCUUUAUCUUUUUAUACAGGCUGGGAAUAAGACUGGGUGGCAAGUUGACCACCACAGGAGCUGUGAAGGAGGACCACUCUGAACUUCAGCUACCUCUUUUCAUUUUGUACUUUUGAGCGAGAAAAAAUGACUGAGAAAAAGAAUGGUGAGUGUUCCACACACAUCCAGACAUUGUGCUUGCCACAUUUUUUCCCUCUAUAUUUGACAUCAGACAUCAGAACAACUCAGUGUUAAAGAUUAAUAGAACUGGCCACUGCUUGCUGUUUGAUGGGGUAAGCUACCUUUUGUGGUGUUGAGUUUGUGAUCUAGAUUAGGAACCUUUUAAAUAUGGCUUUUUUCAUACCGUCUGUUUUUGCCAAAGAUCUUUCAAAUAAUUUAGCUUUUAUUAAAGGACGCACAUUCUUAGAAAAAAAGGUGCUAUCUAGAACCUAAAAGGGUUUUUCGGCUGUCCCCAUAGGGGAACGCUUUGAAUAACCCUUUUUGGUUCCAGGUAGAACCCUGUUGGUUCCAGGUAGAACCCUAUUCGGUUCUAUGUAGAAACCUUUCCCCAGAGGGUUCUACAUGGAACCCAAAAGUGUUCUACCUGGAAGCAAAAAGGGUUCUACCUGGAACCUAAAAGGGAUCUCCUAUGGGGACAGCCAAUAAGAGUGCAGUGAUACUUUAUCCAUGCGUCUUUGAUUCUGUUUAGCAAAAACUUUGAGUAUUUAUUAUUAUCUAUAACACAGGGAACCUCUUUUAUUAUCUAAUUGGGGGGUCUAGAGUUCUUUCUGAAUGGAGAACAUUAUCCUUCACCAUUAUCACUCAUUUAACAAUGUUUACUAAAUCCAGUGGAUUCUAGCAUUCACUUCAUUUCACUGUUCCUUUUAGACUUCUCAGCUGUCUCUCCUUCAGUUGUAGUGGCAGACCAUAAACCGUAUUUAACAACUCUCUAUCUUUAUGACACUGUAAUGUCUUGUGUGAUUAUGUUUAGGGAAUGACAGAUGUGAUAAGGGCCCAAGUGUACCUAGCUUGGAACCUCGUCAACCUUGUGAAAUGUUUUUUGACUGCUCAUAUCAGUAUUUCUGUUAUCUAAUUAUCACUAGUAUUAGGUGGUCCCAAUCAUGAUCUUUACUCAAUAUUUUGAAAGCUAUACCUGUAUGUACUGAUAAAUAAUCAAAACAGUGGUAAUAACAAGGGUACAGUUAUCUUGAGUUUAACAUAUUUUUUAGACCACAGUUAUACUGUUGGCGUUUUACCAGACAUAGCAUCAUUGAUUGUGUGGCUUUUUAUUUGGAGAUUUAGAAGUACUCCUGAAUUCUCAAGCAUGGACACUUCCGUGUGUCUUGUAGAGAAAUGCUCACCAGGACUCUCUGACAGAUUCUAUGUUUCAAUGUAAAGCCAUUGUCAAACCUGAGUCACCAUCCAAUGAACAACAUCUCAGUCUCCUUCUGAGUUGAUACCGUACAGUGGAGCAGAAACAGUUACAGCAUGACUGGUGAUUGUUGUGUGGUCUGGUUUCGUUUUGGUCUGGGUUGAGUUGUGGGCUCAGGUGUACAACACUGUGGUUUCUAUCUGUGGUUUAGUUGCUGAAACUGCUGGUCUGUGGCAUUCCAUGACUCUUGAUGUGUGAGAGAUUUUAGUUACUUCAUGUAGUGGACAGUCACAAUUCUGAAACAGAUGUAGCUUUAUGAAAUGUUCUUUCUAUUGUGAAAUGAGGCAGAAUACCUUCUUCCUGAGAGAGACACAAGGGAAUGAACUAGGCCUUUCACCUUAUAGAAGUAUCUCCCUUCAGCUAAGGAGACAUGUAUUUCCCACACACAGAGUGUACUCAGGUAGAGGCUAAAACAAUAGCAGGGCUUGUUCUCCAGCUCCAGGCCUGUGACUCCAGGAUCCACUGGAGUGGGUUUAGGAAAUGUGGGGCUUUCCUGGAACCAGCAGCUGGAACACUGGAAGGGAGACUGGCCUGAGAUAAAGUCAGCCCUUAGACAAGGUCUGGUUAUGUCAAUAAGAUCUGUGGUCCCUUCCUCACCCCUGUCAUUACAGAGAGUCCUGGGCAGGAACAGUAACACAUUAAUGUACUGAUACAGCCUCACAUGACAUAGGUGGAUGGGUUUGGUAUGGGUUUUGUGGUCGUGGAAAGUUUUUGUUAGAAGUAGAAUGUAUCCUCAAAAUCAACAAGGUUGAGAAUCGCUUUUGUACAGAGAAGGAAUGUUCUAAUUUAAAUCUGUAGUGCAGGGUUCUCCAAAUCCGGUUCUGCAACGUGACUGGGUGUGCAGGGUUUUGCUCUAGCCCAUACCUGUUUCAAACAAUCAACUAAUCAUGGUCCUCGUGUGUUAGUGCUGGCUGGACCAAAAGCCAGCACACCCAGACUAAUGUCUGGAAAAGUCCUUGAAUCAGCAACCUAUAACAUGUGCUGAGUCAGGGUUCUCUGGGGUUGCCAUAGGUGACUGCACCAAAACUGCUGUUAUUGUUUGAAAAGAGUCAAUUUUAGUAUAUAAUGUACAGUCAUCACACUAACAGAGCUUCACUGUAUGUUAUGCAGGUUAACUGUGUGUUUUUAAAACUGUACAGUAUACAAAAGCCUACAAAUUCAGGAUACAUUUUUACAUCUUCAUUUUCACUGUGUUAAAUAGCGACAGUACUUGAUGUUAUUAUUUUAACGCUGUCUCAGUAAAAACCCAUGUAUCUUAUUGUUGAUGGAUGUUCCACACUGAGGAUUUUCCCAUCACUCUCUGAAGAGCCAUCAGCUGCCUGUAAACUGUGCCCAUAUCCUGAGGUAGUGCGUACAGACGGCAGACCCCAUGGCCUUACAGGACCCCCAGUGUUUUCUCCCUGAAUUCGAGUCUCCCUCAUCUGUGUGCGAUGUUGAUUUUCCUCUCUUUUAAUUGGCAGAGUAUCUUGUUGACGCUCGUUUUCCCUUCAUAAGGCAUAACGGGAAACAGUGUUAUGUUAUUGAUAAGAAACAUGCUCAUUCGGCAGGCUCUUCUUCUACAGCUAGCUAGGGUGAUCCAGGUAGUGGGCGGCAGGUAGCCUAGCGGUUAAGAGCAUUGGUAACCAAAAUGCCGCUAGUUCAAAUCCCCGGGCCGACUAGGUGAAAAAUCUGUCUGUGCCCUUGAGCAAGGCAUUUAACCCUAAUUGCUCCUGUAAGUCGCUCUGGAUAAGAGCAUCUGAUAAAUGACUAAAAUUUAAAAUGUAAAAUAUAGUGCAGCUGUUUGUGUUGUUGGUGUCGAAUGGUUGAAUAAUGUCUUCACUAUUGGGCAUGUAUUGAUGUUUGUAUGUAGGAGAUUGUUCCUAAGUGUCCGUCAGACUAGUGUAUUGCCCACAUAGCUAGGGCCACGUGACCAGAUCAGUAAAACGUAUUGGCCCUAUAGUAUACAUAAAGACUUGUGUAUACCUAUAUAGUAAUAACAGAUUUAUAGACCUGUGUAUUACCUACACGUGUGUUAGACCUGAGUUGGAUCCACACACAGACAGUGUGUUUGUUUGCGCUGAGUCAGGAGCUUAUCAUGCCUUGCAGUCAGUCAGUCACUCAGUGUCUCUGCUGGUCUGCUCUGCUGGGCUGGUCUGGUGUGGCAGGUCUCCACACAGGCUGAAGCUGGCUGGCCGGCCUGCACGGUUAAUGAACACUCCAGAACUCCACUCUCUGCGCCUCAGCUACCUGCCUGCAAACACAGCAGAUGUACGCAUGUUACCUGUGUGUGUGUGGUUUGGUUUUACUGUCCUUGUGGGGACGUGAUGUCCUCACAAGGAUAGUAAAACAAGGAAAAUCCGGACAAGUGGGGACAUUUCGCCGGUCCCGACAAGGAAAAAGGCUUUUGUAGGCCUAGGGGUUAGAUUUAGGAUUAGGGUUAAAAUUAGGGUUAGGGUUAGAAUUAAGGUUAGGGGUUAGGAGUUAGGGUUAGGUUUAGUUUUAGGGUUAGGGUUUUGGUGUUAAGGUUAGGGUUAAGGUUAGGGUUAGGUUUAGGGUUAGGGCUAGGGUUUAGGGAAAGUAGGAAUUUUUUGUGUGUGUGUGUGUGCGGUGCAUAAGUGUGUCUCACACGUGUGACGUAAGUUGUAAACGGUGGUUGAAUAAUCAAGUGUGGCUUUGUUUUGGUUCAACCAAACUUUAAAAGUUAGUGACUGGUCAGUUCAUGGACCUUUCAUCAUCAUCAGUAAUUUAAUGUAAUGAACUGACCACUCAUUCUGCCCAACCUUGUGUUCUAGCUAGGGACACAGUGACAAUUUGUUGGGGCUCGAGAUGGCACUGAAAUCAAGCCUGCAGUUUGUUUUAGCUCUAUGGAAAUGGAGCAGACUUUGGACUAUUGAUCCUAUUCAUUUGUACUUUUUCAAUGUGCCAAUUUGCCAGUGUGUUAUUAUGGCACUCUCUUUUCCUUUUCACCUAUCUGAUUAAAACACUUUUACUUCUUCAAGAUGUUCAAACGUUCACUGUGGCCCUUUCCAAAGUUACCCCUGGACAAGUCCAACCAGGCAGGAUAUUACCCCACCCACUUUGCCAAAGCACAGCCCCCAUACCACCAAAGGGAUAUCAACAGACCACUAACUUACUACCCUGAGACAAGGCCAAGUGUAGCCCACGAAGAUCUCACUCACCGCACGAGCCCGAGGGGGCGCAAAACCGGACAGGAAGAUCACGUCAGUGACUCAACCCACUCAGGUCGAGUAUAGCAAAAAAAAGCCUGGCACGAUGUGAUGCACCCCUCCUAGGGACGGAAUGGGAGAGCGCAAGCAAGCCAGUGACUCAGCCCCCGUAAUUGGGUCAGAGGCAGAGAAUCCCAGUGGAGAGAGGGAAGCAGGCAGAGACAACAAGGGUGGUUCGUCAUUCCAGUGCCUUGCCGUUCACCUUCACACCCCUGGGCCAGACGACACUCAGUGUGACGCUGAACGUAAUGGUAUGUUUUUGUUGUGUGUGUUGUCUUUUACAGGAAGUCCGGGGAUUUCUCUCCCGGGAAGCGCGGGGGUGACCUUCCUGACCCCAUGUCGCGUGGCGGGCGUGUGUCUGACCGUGGUGCUACUGGGGGGGAUUGGAGCUGCUGUCUGGGCUGUAGGUGAGAGACCUCUGCUUCUGCUCUCACAUAGUAGUGAUGCGUACCUUUUGGCAAUGUGCAGUGCUUUAUGGGUAAUGUAGUUUUAGUUUUUCCAUAGUACAGACAGAGACGGUAGAGGAAGCGAGACAUCCCACUCCCUCAUUUUUUUUCUGUUUCAAUGGAAGUCAAUGAACUAAGUACACCAGAACCAGCUGCUAUCACAUUGGUGUCUAUGGGAGAGCCAACCCCCUUAAGUAGACAGGAACUGACCAUUUUUUUCAAUGGUAAACAACCUGAAUUAACUAUCUUAAUUUAUCCUCCAUCUUUGGUACAAAUAUUACCAACAUUGUUUGAUUGCAGUCAGUGGAGUUGUUUGCAGGCUCUGUGAGGUUUGCUGUUUCAUCAACAGAGUGUGUAUGCACUUUACAGUUUUAUAUUACAUGUUGUUGACUUUUGUUUGUUUCUUUGUUUUUCAAAUCCUAGUAACGUUUUGUAUCCGAGAAGAAGACACAGGAUUAUAUGAUGGUAAGUGAGAGGGAAACCACUUCACCAAAGCCAACCUCAUAUAGUAUCUGAAUCGAUAGAAGGGCUUGUUUGAUCUAGUAUUUCAUUGCUCCACCCCAGUCCAGGUGAACUCCAAUCCAAGCUCGGACCUACGUCUCCGGGUGUUUGACUCGGCCCAGCGACGGUGGAGACACGUCUGUUCCUCAGAGGCCAACCAGCUCCUGGCCAACAUAAGCUGUGAGGAGAUGGGCUUUGUCAGGUGAGGAGAUUGAUGGAUUGUGAUAUGAAAGGCUUUAGAUUAAAUACAAAAUUGGGAGUCACUAUCUACAGCAUCAUAAAAGGAUACCCCUAUGCCAUGGAAGAAGGCUGCAUAGAAAUUGCUCCACCCUUGCCUGGUUGCUAAAAUUGUAAUGGUUUGCCUAAUUUCAGUUUGUGGCCACAAAACAAGCAAUGUAUAGUUUAGAGAAUCUAAACAGCUGUGAAAUACAUGUAAAGAAAUAUAUAUAUAUAUUGUAUUUCCAGCUGUUUGAAGCUGGUGUACAAAGCUGAAAAUAAAAAGAGGCGAAAACUAAACUUAAGGACAGGAAGCAUAAAUAUAGUGCAUAUAGAAUGGAUCUACCGCAUCUCCUACUUCCUUUCAAUGAGAAUGACAGAUCUAUACCUCACAAUGCUAUGUGAAUUUGGUUGGGUCGCUCAAAGAGUUAUACAUACUGCGCCUCUAAGUAACUUAAUCGGGUUUAGGCCAGGGAUCUUUCAACUGAUCUGUCAGUGAUAGAAGUCUCUUUAAUAAAGAGAUGCAUGCUUUGUGUCCCCACCAGCGUGGUGAAUUACUCCGUGUUCAGUAUCCCUGAAGGCAGUAACGACCGUGAGGAGGUCUUCUGUGUCAAAGAGAAGGAGCUGACCUACGGCAAGAAGAUCAAAGAGUCUCUAUAUCCCUGGUAAGACAUUCUUAUAAUACUCUUAUAUCUCCUAGAUGAUUAUCUUAAGGCCGUGUUUAUUAAACUAGAGCUGGCUGAAAAGGAGAGAAGAGCAGGAAUUCAGGGUUCCAGGCUGAUGUGUCUGACUGUUGUUGCUGUUGUUGUUUUUCAGUGGCUGUGAAAGUGGCCAGGUUCUAAGUCUGCUUUGUCAAGGUAGGUACUGCUGAGAGCUUUGGUUUGGUCCUGUCACCAUGACACACUUUUUACACAAAGUGAUGAAAAGCAACCUGAGAGUUGUACAGGAUGGCUUAACUCUCUCUCUCUCCUGCAUCUCUCUUUACUCAUCCCUCCCUAUCUCUCUCUUCCUUCCACUCUCUCCUCCUCCUCCCUCCCCAUCCAUAUCUCUCUCUCCUCCCUAUCCCUCCCUCCCUCCCCUCUCUUUCUCUCUGUCUAGACUGUGGCAGGCGUAGUCUGACAGAGGACCGUAUAGUGGGUGGUGUGGAUGCUAGGCAGGGUAGCUGGCCGUGGCAGGUCAGUCUGCAGUAUGACGGGGUGCACCAGUGUGGAGGCUCCAUCAUCUCAGACCGCUGGAUCGUCAGCGCAGCCCACUGCUUCCCAGAGUACGCCCUGAAUCUUUCUCUCCCUCUCUCUCUCUCUCUCUCUCUCUCUCUCUCUCUCUCUCUCUCUCUCUCUCUCUCUCUCUCUCUCUCUCUCUCUCUCUCUCUCUCUCUCUCUCUCUCUCUCUCUCUCACGCACACACACACACUUCUUCUCAUUGAUUCUGUUUGUCCUCUCUCAGGAGGAACCGUCAGGUGUCUCGAUGGAGGGUGUUACUGGGCUCCAUCUACAACAAGCUCACCCAUAAGAAUGUUAGGGUUCUUGAGGUAAAGACUGUGGUGUACCACAGCAGCUACCUGCCCUUCGUAGACCCCAACAUAGAUGACAACAGCAGAGACAUCGCUGUCCUGGCUCUGGCCCAGCCUCUUCACUUCACAGGUAAACACAUCAGGGCCCAUAUUGUUAUAGCUUAUUAUACAGUGAUGAUUUGUUGUUCUUUUUCAAGGCACAUCAGAUGAAGCCACAAUGUGCUUAGAGGUAGAAGAGAGAGAGAGAGAGAGAGGGGGGGGGGGGGGGGGGGGGGGGGGGGGUAGAGAGAAGUGAUAAAGCGAGAUAGAGAAUGAGGGACGAGUCACUAUGGUAAUUCCCUUCCUCAGGGUUCAGGUUUCCAGUCAGACUUCCAACAAAGGCCCUCUUUACUGCCUGCCUGCAGUCGCCUGGACAAAAGACAAUGAUAUCAGAACCGGACAGAAUAGUUUGGCCUCUGUUUCACUGUAAUUGUUCAUUUCCUGGAAUCUCUGGACGUUCAUAGAAAAACAUUACAUUGUUAUAAUGUGAGAGAGAAAACUCUCUAGGACAGCGUUUUGGAUUUUGCCUUAACACUACACGGCUGAUUCAAAUUAUCAAAGCUUGAUGAUUAGUUGAUUAUUUGAAUCAGCUGUGUAGUGCUAGGGCAAAAAACAAAACGUGCACCCCCGAGUUUGGGAAACCCUGCUCUAGGAUGUAGUUGUUAUGCAGGCACUACAGUGAACUUCCUGUUGUUUAUCAAGGCCAGAUGUAUUGGGCCUUGUCUGACAUCUAGUGGUUAGACAGAAUUGCAACUAUUCUCAUGAUAAAAUAACACACUGGUGGGGAAAUUGAGAACAUGCUAAAUUAGCCGGACAAGAUUAACAUUGUCCGUAGUGAAUACAACACACAAGCCAUCAAGUAAUCUCAAUUUCUGUGCAAGUAUACAAUUAAUUACAAUUCAAUCUCAUCUCAUCUCUCUCUCCCUCCUCUUCACCCUCUGUUUUCUGUAGACUACAUCCAGCCGGUGUGCUUACCCCACUAUGGCCAGCGCCUGAUUGACGGCCAAAUGGGGACAGUGACAGGCUGGGGAAAUGUAGGUUACUAUGGUGAGUGACUGUGUAACCUUCUACAUCCUUAAACUUACAUCUGGUCCCAUAGCCAGAUUCUGUAGGAGCUGGGCUUAAAACAGAAUCUGGUCCCAGAGCCAGAUACCAGAUACUGUAGGAGCUGGGCUUAAAACACCAUCUGGUCCCAGAGACAGAUACCAGAUACUGUAGGAGCUGGCCUUAAAACAUAAUCUGUCCUAGAGCCAUAUACUGUAGGAGCUGGGUUUAAAACAUAAUCUGGUCCCAGAGACAGAUACUGUAGGAGCUGGCCUUAAAACACGAUCUGGUCCCAGAGACAGAUACUGUAGGAGCUGGGCUUAAAACAUAAUCUGUCCCAGAGCCAGAUACUAAAGGAGCUGGGCUUAAAACAUAAUAUGGUCCCAGAGACAGAUACUGUAGGAGCUGGGCUUAAAACAUAAUCUGGUCCCAGAGACAGAUACUUUAGGAGCUGGGUUUAAAACAUAAUCAGAUCCCAGAGACAGAUACUGUAGGAGCUGGUCUUAAAACAUAAUCAGAUCCCAGAGCCAGAUACUGUAGGAGCUGGGCUUAAAAUGUAAUCUGGUCCCAUAGACAGAUACUGAAGGAGCUGGGUUUAAAAUGUCAUCUGGUCCCAGAGACAGAUACUGUAGGAGCUGGAUUUAAAACAUAAUCUGGUCCAAGAGACAGAUACUGUAGGAGCUGGGCUUAAAACAUAAUCUGGUCCCAGAGACAGAUACUGUUGGAGCUGGGUUUAAAACAUAAUCUGGUCCCAGAAACAAAAACUUUAGGAGCUGGGUUUAAAACAUAAUCUGGUCCCAGAAACAAAUACUUUAGGAGCUGGGUUUAAAACAUAAUCUGGUCCCAGAGACAGAUACUGUAGGAGCUGGUCUUAAAACAUAAUCUGGUCCCAGAGACAGAUACUGUAGGAGCUGGGCUUAAAACGUCAUCUGGUCCCAUAGACAGAUACUGAAGGAGCUGGGUUUAAAAUGUCAUCUGGUCCCAGAGACAGAUACUGUAGGAGCUGGAUUUAAAACAUAAUCUGGAACCUUAGACAGAUACUGUAGGAGCUGGGCUUAAAACAUAAUCUGGUCCCAGAGACAGAUACCGUAGGAGCUGGGUUUAAAACAUAAUCUGGUCCCAGAGACAGAUACUGUAGGAGCUGGGUUUAAAACAUAAUCUGAUCCCAUAGACAGAUACUGUAGGAGCUGGGUUUAAAACAUAAUCUGGAACCAUAGACAGAUACUAUAGGAGCUAGGCUUAAAACAUAAUCGGGUCCCAGAGACAGAUACUGUAGGAGCUGGUUUUAAAACAUAAUCUGGUCACAGAGACAGAUACUGUAGGAGCUGGGCUUAAAACAUAAUCUGGUCCCAGAGACAGAUACUGUAGGAGCUGGGUUUAAAACAUAAUCUGGAACCAUAGAGAGACAGAGUAGGUGGAUCCUUGUUGUCAUUGGACAAGACAGCCUCUCCCUAUGUCUUUCUUUCUCUCCCUCCUCGCUCUCUCUGUAUGACCUUUGAAUAUGUAAACAGGGACAGUGUCAUAGUGUGUAGAUGUGCCAACUACUAUUGACCAGGAAUCAACAAUCUUUUGGUCAGAUAUGGUGGUCAGAUCACGCCAUCAUUAAUGUGUAUGGAGGGAUUAACAGCUUCUCUCUCUCUCUCUCUCUCUCUCUCUCUCUCUCUCUCUCUCUCUCUCUCUCUCUCUCUCUCUCUCUCUCUCUCUCUCUCUCUCUCUCUCUCUCUCUCUCUCUCUUUCUCUCUUAGGGACUCUUGCUGACGUUCUUCAGGAGGCUAACGUGCCGAUCAUCAACGACGCUGUCUGUAACGCCCCUGAUUACUAUGACAACCAGAUCACCACCAGCAUGUUCUGUGCUGGCUUUGAGAAGGGUGGUACCGAUGCCUGCCAGGUAACCAGCUAUAGUGACAUCUAAAUCCCCUGCCCUGACAGUCAAUUCAUAAAUUUGAACAAGAAAUUACACCUUCCAUCCAUAUUCUGUCUUCCACUUACAAACGUCAUCUAUUGACAUAUAAAUGUGCCGGAUAUGAGCAAGGUUGUACCAUUGCUCUCUAUCCAGAUUCUAGCUUUUACAUGAUACAUUUUUAAUAUUUAGAUAAUCCAUUCACCCAAGUGAGAAUGAUUUUGUAAUCUCAGGGGGACAGCGGGGGCCCGUUUGUGGCUGAGGACUGCCUGUCCAAGGCCAGCCGUUACCGCCUGCUGGGGGUGGUGAGCUGGGGAACAGGCUGUGCCAUGGCCAAGAAGCCUGGCGUCUACACCAGAGUGUCCCGCUUCCUACCCUGGAUCUCCUCAGCCAUGAGGGUGAGUACAGUAUGCAGACAUACACACACGCACGUACGCAUGCACACACACACACACACACACGUACACAGAUGCACACAGGUGGAAGUAUAAUCUUCUUUUCCUGUCUUAUCUUCACAGACGUAUCAGAAUUCACCAGGAGUGCACAAAAUGGCGCGUACAUGGGAGCACUAACCAUACCUUUAAGGGAUCAGAAAUUACCAAAAUCUUAUCCCUUCAGACUUACUGCACUUCACCUGUUAAAAAUCCCCAUCCUAUUUGGGGAACAUUGAGCAAAUAUCUGAUGUAUAGGUAAAUUCAGCUAGAUUACCUGAGGAAACCCUUGAAGUGGUAGCUUGACCAAAGAAUAACCAAUAGGUGUAUGGUCUUGUGAAAUGUAAAAAGUGUCAAAUGAAAAGACUUAUGGGACAUGCAUGACAAAGUCAUAGAAAAUCACCACUCUGCCAGCCAAUGUACAGGUUGUACUGUCAUAUGGGGAUUAUUUGUAUGUCAUCAAAGGGUACAUUUUUGUAUUCAGGGUUUCCUUACAGUUUGACUCUUUUCAGGUGCAACAAACUUAUAAUACACAACAAGCCUGAUGAAAAAUGUCAUGCUCAAACAGACAUUAAAAAACAUUCAGGCUAGUUUUGCCAUGAAGUUUCUCCUUCAUAUUAUUCCCUUAAACAAAUAAUGCCAAAGUUACUGAAGAGAUUUUAACAUAGACAGCAUGUAGCUGAAAUUCCCUGAGACCUAAAAUGCUUGUAACAAAAAAAACAUUGGUGUCAGAUAUUCAGCUCUUGGAAUUGUCUCACUAUCCUUUGUUUGUACCACAGAUUGCAGUUCAGAGUGACUGUAAAGUUCUA